GCUUUUUUCAACAGGCAAGUGUAACCCUAAUUCAUGAAAUUUAUUAAAUGUAUAAUAGUUUUUGGUUGGUGCAAAUGAUUUGUGACAAGACGAUUUCACAUGACCUUGAAACUUACUUUACCUUGCAUCAUAGAAGGUUGGCUAUGAUGUGCCCGGGGCGUGUGGUGGACGUGUAUGUCCACAGGCCUAGGCCAACAGGGAGGGUGGCUAGGCAAGGUUUGUUCGGAAAAGUGAUGUUCAAUUCUAUUUGCAUACCAGGUAAUGUGCUGGGGUCUCGUGAAAAGGUUUGCUUUGUCAUCGAUGGGCGUCCUAUGUACUGCAGAAGGUUCGUUAGUAAGAGGUCAAGAACCGCCAAUGCAGCAGCCCUCGGUGAUCGUCGCUAGUGAUUCGGCCGGGAGGUUGAAGGUGAAACCCUUUUGUUGUAUAUCAACGAAAGGGUUUCUUGAAUAAGUUUCGUUGUUGUUUUUAAUUUCAUGAAUAAAGGGAGUGAACUAGC